AUGCAAGUGAUGCGGAUCGAUAUGAUAUUUUCACCGGUCUCUGAUAGUAUCACGAAGACACAUUCUUCCACCGUUUCUGCUCAGAAAGCCCAGGCAGCUGAAUGUGCUGCACCAGGUCGUCUCAUGUCUCAGUCGCUACGAUAUUCGAGAUAUCGCGAUACAUAUAUAUGUACAUUUUGUAAUGCACUACUCAUAAGGUUGCUGAUAUUUGACGUGCUUCACCUUGACGCUUGUUCAUUCAGUGUGCUGCUGACCCAGCAGACUGACUUAUCUGAGUGGUAUUCAACCUUUACUCAAACCCCUCUAAUUUGUACAUCUAUAUACUCAACGUCACGAUUCCACAACAAACAUUCUAUCGUCUGA